UUUUCCUCCAGAAAUCCUUGCAACCGAUAGUAGUACUUUCAUUCAUCCAUCAAAUUCUCCGUUUACUAGAAAUUCUCUCUAUUUCCGUGUCUUUCUCUUGCCACAAUAAAGAAACAAUCUUUUAAAUUUUAUUUUCUCUCCUUAUUAGAAUAGAAUAAUAUUGGUAAUUAGUUAAGUUUGGUUGCUUAGUUGAUGAAAAAGGAGGUAGCUUUAUAUUCACCGUCCCCCACCCCUCAUGUAUGUUAUUCCUCGGGACAGAUUGGUUAUUGUUUGACAUGGACGGAGAUAGAAAGUAAGUUGAGAAAAGGAGAGAGAAGAAAAUGGUGGAGGAAAGGAGGGGAUCUGAUAUUUCCUUUUCGCGUUGAAUUCCGAAUUCCAAAUAGCUUUUUAGCGGAGGAGAGAAAGUGAAGAUCCCAUAGAGAAACUUAAAAGCAGGGUAGCUACUAGGGUAUUACUUUGUUGUUGAUUUUGUUUGUGUUUGUGAAAAAGCUUGGUUUGAUUGUUUUGCCAACCCAUCCUCCACCCUUGAAAAUGUGAACUUGUCUAUAUUGAAGUGUUCUUAUCUUAUCUCGCCACACACUAAUUUCGUUUUCUCCCUCCCUCGUCUCUCAUACACAUACAUAGGCUUAUGACCCAAGUGAAAGUUUCACACACAUUCGUCCCUUUUUUCCUCUUCCUCCCAUAAAGUCAAGCAAGUACCCAGCCUCUCAUAAGAUUCAUAUUCAUUCUCUUCCUUCUCUCUCCUCACUUAUCACUCAUCCCUUCAUUCAUUCAAUCCACGGAUCAUCUCAUCUCUCUUUUUCACCGGAGCCUUACCAACAGUACAGAAUUCAAUUCGUUCCAGCCGUGAAAUGAGAGCCGGACUAAGCACCAUCCAGCAAACCCUAACGCCGGAGGCGGCCAGUGUUCUCAACCACUCUAUCGCGGAGGCCGGCCGGAGAAACCACGGCCAAACCACGCCGCUCCACGUGGCGGCGACGCUCCUCGCCUCUCCCUCGGGCUUCCUUCGCCAAGCCUGCAUAAAAUCGCACCCCAAUUCCUCCCACCCCCUUCAGUGCAGAGCCUUGGAGCUAUGCUUCAGCGUGGCGCUGGAGCGAUUGCCUACUUCGCAGAACACGAGCUCUUCCAUGGAGCCGCCAAUCUCCAAUGCCUUGAUGGCUGCCCUGAAGCGGGCCCAGGCCCACCAGCGCCGCGGCUACCCGGAGCAACAGCAGCAGCCACUCCUCGCGGUGAAAGUGGAGCUGGAACAGCUAAUCAUAUCCAUUCUCGACGACCCCAGCGUGAGCAGGGUCAUGAGAGAAGCCAGUUUCUCAAGCCCCGCCGUCAAAGCCACCAUCGAACAGUCCCUCAACGCCGUCCCCUCCACCGUUAAUUCCGGAUUGGGAUUCCGGCCAAGCGCGGUGGCUCCGGUGAAUUCCGCCCCGGGGCGGAAUUUGUAUCUGAACCCGCGCCUGCAACAACAGCAGCAGCAGGGGAGUACUGCACAACACAGGGGCGACGAAGUUAAACGAAUUUUGGAUAUUUUGCUGAGGACGAAGAAGAGGAACCCGAUCUUGGUGGGGGAAUCGGAGCCUGAGGCGGCGAUCAAGGAGGUGAUAAAGAAGAUUGAGAACAAGGAAUUGGGAGAAGGGGCUUUCGCGAAUGCUCACGUGAUUCAUCUGGAAAAGGAGCUUCCGAGUGAUAAGGCGCAGAUACCUGCGAGGUUCAAGGAGUUGGGGGAUUUGAUUGAGACUAGGAUCGGGAACUCUGGGUGUGGAGGGGUUUUCGUUGACUUGGGUGACUUGAAGUGGCUGGUGGAGCAGCCUGUGGGGUUUGGGAUUGGCGGUGGUUUGGGUAACAUGCAGCAACUGACCCUCGCCGAGGCUGGCAGGGCGGCGGUGGCUGAGAUGGGGAGGUUGGUCAGCAAGUUCGGCGAGGGUGGCGCUGGAAGGCUUUGGUUGUUAGGUACUGCUACUUGUGAGACUUAUUUGAGGUGUCAGGUUUAUCAUCCUACCAUGGAAAAUGAUUGGGAUCUUCAGGCAGUGCCAAUUACCACCAGAGCAUCCCUCCCUGGAAUCUUUCCCAGGCUUGGGACCAAUGGUUUUCUUGGUACUUCGCUCGAGUCUUUGUCCCCGUUAAAGACCUUGUCCACUACAACAAUCCCUCCACUGAGGCGUGCCUCUGAGAACGUAGAUCCUGCUGCAGUAUCAAUUUGUUGCCCACAAUGUAUGCAGAGCUGCGAGCAAGAAGUGGCAGAAAUGUUGAAAGAAACUGAGAAAUCAGAUACUGAGCUCAAAUCAGAGGCAGCUAAACCGUCCCUUCCACAGUGGUUACAGAAUGCUAAAACUAAUAAAGAUAACGGCAAAGUAAUGGAUCAGGCUCAGAACCAAGAAGUGAAUGUGAAGAAGAGGACUCAAGAAAUACAGAAGAAAUGGCAUGAUUCCUGUUUGAGUUUACAUCCUAAAUUUCAUCAGCUAAAUGUGAGCACAGAGAGACUUGUUCCAACUUCUUUGUCAAUGACUGGCCUAUACAAUAUGAAUUUGCUGGGGCGCCAAUUCCAACCCAAAAUACCACUGAAUAAAAAUCUUGGAACCUCUUUGCAAUUGAGCUCAAAUCCAACGCCAAUCCACCCAUCAGAGCAUGUGGUCAGCCCACAGCAAAUUCCGGUAACAACUGACCUGGUCCUUGGGCAAACAAAGCCAGCUGAUGCCACUCCAGAAGAAACACACAAAGAAGGCAUUAAUGACUUCUUGAGCUGCCUCUCUUCCGAGUCGCAAGACAAGUUCGAUGAAUUACAGAGCAAAAAGCUACUUGAUGCAGACUCUUUCAAGAAGCUCCUGAAAGGCCUGACAGAAAAGGUAUGGUGGCAGCAGGAUGCAGCAUCUGCAGUGGCCACCACAGUGACCCAGUGCAAACUCGGCAAUGGAAAAAGACGCUCCAAGGGUGACACAUGGUUACUGUUCGUGGGUCCUGAUAGAAUUGGCAAGAAGAAAAUGGCAGCAGCUCUUUCUGAGCUGGUAUCUGGGUCCAACCCAAUAAUAAUACCUCUGGCGCAACGCCGUGCGGAUGGAGACUCUGAUGCCCCUCAUCUGCGUGGAAAAACAGCACUUGAUCGAAUAGCAGAGGCCAUCAGAAGGAACCCACUUUCUGUCAUCGUGCUUGAGGACAUUGAUGAAGCCAACAUUCUUCUUCGUGGGAGCAUAAGAAGAGCCAUGGAACAAGGCCGGUUCCCGGAUUCUCAUGGCCGUGAAAUCAGUCUCGGAAAUGUCAUGUUUAUCCUCACUGCUAAUUGGUUGCCAGAAGACUUCAGGUGCCUCUCAAACGGGUCUCCACUGGACGAAGAAAAGCUUGAAAAUUUAGCAAAAGGAGGGUGGCAGUUACGCAUAUCAGUGGGUAAGAGAGCAUCAAAACGAAGACCCAGUUGGCUAUCCGAUGAAGACAGGUCCUUGAAGCCCCGUAAAGAGGUGAAUUCAGGUCUAUCGUUUGAUCUUAAUGAAGCUGCUGAUGAUGCAGAGGACGGCAGGGGAGAUGGUUCCCUCAAUUCAAGCGACUUCACAGUGGAACAUGAAGACAACAAUCAUGAUGUAGGAGGGUCACUCUCAGCAGUACCGCGGGAGCUGUUGGAUUCUGUAGACGAUGCCAUUGUCUUCAAGCCCUUGAAUUUCGAUCUCCUACGCCGGAAUUUCUCGUCAUCCAUCAUUAAGAGGUUCUCUGCUGUGGUUGGGAAUGGGGUGUCAAUUGAAGUGCAGGGAGAGGCUCUUGACAAGAUCACCAGCGGAGUGUGGUUAGGCCAAACCACCAUUGAUGAAUGGAUGGACAAAGCGUUGGUUCCCAGUUUCCACCAACUGAAAAAGAAUUUGAAUUCAACCACACAUGACCAUAACUCUUCGAUGCUGUUUAGGCUCGAAGAUGAUGGCUACUCCGAUCGCUGGGGCUCCCAAGAGUGGUUACCUGCUACUGUGAGAGUGGUGGGGGAAUAGUAUAUUAUUCAAACAGUGGUGGUGAAUGGUGAUAUCCGUUUUUUUUUGUGGUAGAAAUGUAAAUAGAACACUUUGGCAUGUAUAAGUCAAAGACGCGUAGUAGAACCAAGGAAAAACCGUUACAAGGCUCUUGUCGGGGGUGUCAAUUUUUUUUCCCUUAGAAAAAGAUUAAUUUAUUUUUGCGUUAUAAACUUUAUAUUGUUUUCUUUUUUUCCCCCUUUUGUAAGAAUAGGUAUAUUUAUUAAACUGAGAAUGAUCAUUAUAUUAAUAAAAGGGAGCAUUAUUUCCUAAUUUUUAA